AUGUCAGACUACGACAAGAUCAAACUCAUCAAGGAGUAUGCGCCGGACCUGGCCGCUACCGUGGUCGUCACGGCGGUGCUUGUCCUCGCCGCCUACUUCCUCACCAACCUGAUGGAGCCAAAGGAGUCUACGAAUGGCCAUGCCAAGAACGGCAAGAACGGCAAGGAGGCCACGAAUGGCCACGCCAAGAACGGCAAGGAUACGAAUGGCCAUGCGAAGAACGGCAAGGAGGCCAAAAACGGCAAGAAGGAGGAGACAAGUGAGGAAGUGAACCUCCUGGCAGAGUAUGGCCGUGCCUGGUGCCUACAUCAGUUCGUGCCCUUCGUUGACAAGCUUGUCUUGGGCAGCUAUGGUUUGCCUCUCUUGGUCCUCUCCUUCCUCUUUCCCAUCCCCUCGGUGCUCCUCAUUGCGCAUGUGGCCAACAUCGUCUCGUGGUUCUACUGGAUGCCGGCGGUCUGGGACCACAUGGUCUGGGCGGCGCUCCUAGAGUUUACCUUCGUCUUGGCCGCGGUCGCGGGAGGUGGCAAAGAGGCGGUGGCGAAGAGGUUCCUCCCCGCAGCGCGCAUGGAGCUCUGCGUGCUGUACUGGAGCGCGGCGUUUUGGAAGCUGACCACCAGUUGGUACACCGUCCGAGGCUCCUGCGCACCGGUGCUGCUCUCGGAGCUGAUGGCCGGGCUCUUCACACCGGAGCUGGUUCCUGCGGGCAGCCUCUUUGCCAAUACCUUUCUGAAGAUAGCGCCCGUCUUCGUGGCCGCCCUGGAGUUUGCGGUGGCCUACUGCCUCACCUUCAGGCCGGCUGCGGGUGUGGUGCUGGCCUUGGCCUUCCACCAGACCAUCAACCUGAUGCCGAUGACCUAUGCCGGGGGCUUUUCUAUUUCGAUGUGCUGCCGCUUUGUGAUCUUCCUCCCAGGCAUCGUCACGAAGGCCCUCGGUAAGUCUGAUUCGCUGCUCCUGCCGCUGUCCCUAUGCGUCGCGAUCGGAGCGGCGAUGUUUGCCAUCCACUUGGGCGUCGACACCGCCUGCGUCCUCUUCCUAACCCUGGGCUUCCUCUACCUCCGGGGAAUCAUGAGUGGGCACCGUGCCAGCCGCUUAGGGGGAGCUGCCUGGCUCUCUUUCCUCGCCGUCCUCGUGGGCUUUGUCUAUGGCUUCCUGGCACCCGUCUUCGGGGUCAUGGCUAUGGCCUCCAGCACCAUGUACGGCAACGUGAAGCAAUGGGGUGGUACCAAUCACCUCGUGGUACCCACCGGGCUGCUCCAAGAGCACUUCGCGGACCCCAAGAACACAGAGCCCGCCUGGGCCAUGGACGCCUUCGGUGGUGGCCUCAUCCGCAUCGAUGAGACCACGUCCCCCACAAUGCGUGAGCUGUGUCCUGCCGAGGCCACCCACCUCAUGCUCCCUUACGCGCGAGACCUCCUCGUGGGCGUCGGCACCCCCGGACGCUACUUCGAGCUCUACGCAGCACGGAAUUACUACAACCGUGACGAUGACCACGGGUCCUCAGCACUUCACAACCGUGGCAACACCACGGUGGAGGUCUCGCAGCCGCCCUAUGUCGAGCCAGCCUACGAGCUCCGGAGAGUGCUCUCCCUGGCGCGCAAGAAGAAUGAGAGCUUCACCCUGAAGUACACAAAGGUACCUUGGUUUGGGACCCCCAAGAGCUAUGCAGAGUACCAGGGGGAGCAGGUGGUGCUAGAGGAGAGCAACGGCAAGCGCACCUGCACCAAAGCAGGCAAGCCUUGUGAGGACUCGGAGAUUGCACUUCAAGCUGCGCCCCAGUACUGGUUGACAAAGGUCUUGCACCCGUAUCCCCUUCCAAUCCUGCCCGGCGACACGCGCGAAGUUCACUGCAGUACCUGA